AGGCCUCUGAAGAACAAAAAGCCCAGCAAAGUCUGAAGUUAAUCUCAGCCGUCCGAUCAAUUCAUCUACCAUCGUCACGGAUCUUCUUCUUCGUCUCUCUCUUUCGUUUCUCAAAAAUCAAAAUCCCUUCCUCUCUCACCGAGCCGGCGAGCCCGUUCUCUCGGUGAUUUUAAAGAUGCUUAUGAUGAUGGGAAGUAAUAUAAGAAACCAAGCUUUUUUACAAUCUCAGAAAUUGUAGUAGAAUUUGGCGAUUCUAUUAACCUACGCAACAAGCUUCUUCUUCUUCGUUAUACUUGUCAUCUGUAAAUGGGUUGUUUCCAUUCCACGGCUGCUAGAGAAUUUCCUGGACACGAGAACCCUGUGAAGCUAGCUUCUGAGACUGCUUUUAGUGUUAGUGAAGUUGAAGCAUUGUAUGAAUUGUUCAAGAGCAUAAGCAGCUCGGUUGUUGACGAUGGCUUGAUAAACAAGGAAGAGUUUCAACUUGCUUUGUUCAAGAACAGAAAGAAGGAAAAUUUGUUUGCCAAUAGGAUAUUUGAUUUGUUUGAUGUGAAAAGAAAAGGCGUCAUUGAUUUUGGAGACUUUGUGAGAUCACUCAAUGUUUUCCAUCCUAAUGCUUCUCUAGAGGAGAAAACAGACUUCACCUUUAGGCUUUACGACAUGGACUGCACAGGCUUCAUUGAGCGCCAAGAGGUGAAGCAAAUGCUGAUUGCACUUCUCUGCGAAUCUGAAAUGAAACUGGCUGAUGAUACAAUAGAGAUGAUACUGGAUCAGACAUUUGAGGACGCGGACGUGGAUCGGGAUGGAAAGAUUGAUAAGACAGAAUGGAGCAACUUCGUCAUCAAAAACCCAUCUUUGCUUAAAAUCAUGACUCUUCCGUAUCUCAGGGAUAUAACCACGACGUUUCCGAGUUUUGUUUUUAACUCGGAGGUGGACGAAAUUGCUACGUUACGAAUAGCAAUGGAACAUUGCAUGAUAGAGAACAGAACAACAAGGCAACAACAGUUCACAUCAAUCAUGCAACAGAAGUUCUUAUCGGGAGAAGAUCAUCAACAUUUGGAUUACACAAAGAUAGACAAUGACGAGACUCUUGAUGAUCAUUGGCUUCGAGAGAUUGUACUUGACGCUGAAGAAAAGAAUCUGGGGAAGACAAUAAUAAAGGCUCUACCUUUACAUCAGAGGAGGCUUGGUGUGAGUAUCUAUCGUCGUCGUAUCCAAAGCUCUUCUUCAAUGGAAUCCGAUCUCAAGUCAACCUUUCUCAACGUUUAUUCCAUUCUCAAGUCCGACCUCCUUCACGACCCUUCCUUCGAAUUCACCGAUGAAUCUCGUCUCUGGGUUGAACGUAUGCUCGACUACAAUGUACGUGGAGGGAAACUCAAUCGGGGUCUCUCCGUUGUUGACAGCUUCAAACUUCUGAAGCAAGGCAAUGAUUUGACUGAGCAAGAGGUUUUCCUCUCUUGUGCUCUCGGUUGGUGCAUUGAAUGGCUUCAAGCUUAUUUCCUUGUGCUUGAUGACAUUAUGGAUAACUCUGUCACCCGCCGUGGCCAACCUUGCUGGUUCAGAGUUCCUCAGGUUGGUAUGGUUGCCAUUAACGAUGGGAUUCUGCUUCGCAAUCACAUCCACAGGAUUCUCAAAAAGCACUUCCGGGCAAUGCCUUAUUAUGUUGACCUCGUUGAUUUGUUUAAUGAGGUUGAGUUGCAAACAGCUUGUGGCCAGAUGAUAGAUUUGAUCACCACCUUUGAAGGCGAAAAGGAUUUGUCCAAGUACUCAUUGUCAAUCCACCGGCGUAUUGUCCAGUACAAAACGGCUUAUUACUCGUUUUAUCUCCCUGUUGCUUGUGCAUUGCUUAUGGCGGGUGAAAAUUUGGAAAACCAUAUUGAUGUGAAGAAUGUUCUUGUUGACAUGGGAAUCUACUUCCAAGUGCAGGAUGAUUAUCUGGAUUGUUUUGCUGAUCCCGAGACGCUUGGCAAGAUAGGAACGGAUAUAGAAGAUUUCAAAUGCUCGUGGUUGGUGGUCAAGGCAUUAGAACGCUGCAGCGAAGAACAAACUAAGAUAUUAUAUGAGAAUUAUGGUAAAGCCGACCCAUCAAACGUUGCUAAAGUGAAGGAUCUCUACAAAGAGCUUGAUCUUGAGGGAGUGUUCAUGGAGUAUGAGAGCAAAAGCUAUGAGAAGCUGAUGGGAGUGAUUGAGGGUCACAAAAGUAGAGCAAUCCAAGCAGUGCUAAAAUCCUUCUUGGCUAAGAUCUACAAGAGGCAGAAGUAGUAGUAGAGACAACAUUAGUCUCAGCCCUCAAAAAAAAUUCUUGUUAUGUCUCUUUUGAUUCUUCGUUGUUUGUUCUGAUUUCACUCUGAUUCUUGUGUUACAAUUGUAUUUGUUUCGCGACUCUGAUCUUCUUCUUUCAUCAUUUAUAUGAACUUGAGAUUCUUGUUGAUGCUAUGACUACAUACAUAACUAUUGACCAACUCGUUUAGCAGCAAUCCAUGAAUACAUUACGAGUGGACUC